AUGCAAUACUGUGGUUUGAUCAACCUAUUGUUGUUUCUCAUAAUCAUGCCAAGUUCUUUAUCUCAGUCGCAUUACUCGCUACUUCCGUUAGGAGAAGGAAUACCUGAGGAUUUCACCGUCUCAACUCCUUUUCCGGAAAGCCCUCAAGGAAUUUUCCAUCACAGUGAAAACGAUAACACAUUCGCAUCCAAGUUCAAAAUCCCUGAUUUUGAAAGGCUGGACCCAAUACGAAUGGCCAGUGAACUGAUGAGCGCGGCUGCGGCUGCAGAGAACAGACGCAAAACACUGUCAGGGAUCAACUUACCUCUCCCGUUUGCUGGAAAACCCCUCAGAUUUGAGAUGACAGGAGAAUCUAACAGUGGAUUGUCCCUCAGGGAUCAAAAGGAAAGCAACUCCGAAACGAACAAUGAUUUGAGUUCAGAAGCUAGGGAAGCCUUUGUCAAGGCUAAGCGAAUUUGCCUUCACUCCUCCGAGGCUUCAUGUGAUGAGGCACUAGAUACCUACCACCGUCUCAAAUUCGGUUCCUCCCUGAUGGAACCUUCAUCUCACUAUUCCAUUAAUGAGGACCCGACAACAUCAUUUGCCAAAAUGUUUGUACCAGCACUUGAGGAAAAAUUAGAGGAAUUGGAAAAGAACGUCCGCACUGAUGUUUCUUCGGAGAGCAUCCGGAGUGUGAAUGAAAGAGAUGGUGAUGGCAAUGAUCAAUACGACGAACGAAAUUAUCUUGAGGAAGAUCCACCUCAUCAGAUUCGUCAUCCUUUCUCGAAUGUUCCGUAUCCUUUUACUGGUCAUAGGACAAACGCAAGAAGAAUGCAGGAUUUCGUCAAAAGAAUAAGUUAA